AUGCUGGGAAGAACUCUCUUAGUCUCAGACCACUGUGUAGAUAUAACAGCUUCCAUCUUCCCCGGUUCUUCUCACCCCUUCACAACCACGAACCCAGCUAUGAACACCUUCCAUCUGUUAAUCGCACUAGCCACAUUUGUGGUUGUAUACAUUCUUUCGUCCUCGUUCGUAUACCAGCGACGCACCAACGCUCUAGAGAAGCAAUGGAAGUGCGGAAAGCCACUCUACUACGCAUCGUUCCCGCGGUCGCUAUGGCACUUUUACGUCUUUUUGCGCGAAUCUCGAAAACACAAGCUCCUGGAGGGCUUCCAGCGUUCAUUUGAAGCCAAGAAGCCCUUCCUUACCAACAAAGUGAACAUCUUCGGCAAGGACAUCUUCAACACCUGCGAUCCCGAAAACCUCAAGGCCAUGCUUGCCACGCAAUUCAAGGACUUUUGUCUGGGAGAACGCCACGCUCAACUGUUUCCUGUUCUGGGCGACGGUAUUUUCACUCUGGACGGCAACGGAUGGCAACACUCUCGAGCCAUGCUCCGACCCCAGUUUGCUAGAGACCAGGUAUCUGAUGUGCACAUGGUCGAGACCCACCUAAAGUUCCUGACAUCUCGAAUCACAGGCAGCAAACCCGUAGACAUGCAGGAGCUCUUCUUCAACCUGACUCUGGACACCGCCACCGAGUUUCUGUUUGGCCAGUCGGUUGGAUGCCAGAUUGCAGAGUCCGAUCCUGGCGCUUACUCCUCAGACAUGCCUCUGGAUCUGCGAAAGUCGUUCCAGAAAGACUUUAACAAGGCCCAGGAGCACCUUGGUGAGCGUGUCAGACUACAGAUGCUCUACUGGCUAUGGAACCCCAAGGAACUACAGACUGCUGGAGCUAGAGUUCAUGCGUUCGUCGACCAUUACGUGUCUAAGGCUUUGGUGGAGGCUGAAGAGAAGGUGGACGACGACAAGUACGUGUUCCUCAGGGAGCUGGCUCGAGAAACUAAAGACCCCAAGGUUCUUAGAGACCAGGCUCUGAACAUUCUUCUGGCAGGACGAGACACCACGGCCUCGCUGCUGUCCUGGUGUUUCUAUCUCAUGGCUAGAGACGAUAGAGUGUGGCAGAAGCUGCGUUCUGAGGUCAUUGAGCACUUUGGAGAUGGAGAGAAUCUCGAGAACAUCACUUUUGAGUCCCUGAAGCGAUGCGAUUACCUGAGAUAUGUGCUCAACGAGGUGCUGCGACUCUACCCUUCCGUUCCUGCCAAUAUGCGAUUCGCUACGAAGGACACUACUCUUCCUCGAGGAGGAGGGCCCGUGGGACAGGAUCCCAUCGUUAUCAGAAAGGGCAACGUUAUUUCUUACCAUGUGUUCACCACCCACAGAUUGACACAGUAUUGGGGAGAGGAUGCCGAGGAGUUUGUUCCUGAGCGGUGGGCUGAAGGAAAGGCUCGUGGAUGGGAGUAUCUUCCAUUCAACGGAGGGCCUAGAAUCUGUCUCGGACAGCAAUAUGCCCUUACAGAGGCAGGAUACGUGCUAGUUAGACUUGCACAGAUGUAUGACACUCUGGAGAAUGCCGACGACAAGCCUGAGCCCCCAGUGAAACUGCAUGCUCUGACCAUGAGUCAUCUCACAGGUGUGCACGUGAAGUUGUACAAGAAGAACUAG